CCUCCCCCAGCCAGACUAGUUCAACAGGUUUGCAGGCGCUCGGGCCGGGCCUCGCGGGUUGGGGCAGGAGGCUGUCACUUGCCUUCGGCCCUCCCCUUCCCUCCCCGGCCCGCACGCCGGCGCCGACCAAUCGCGGCCGCCCGGACGUGUCCAGGUUGGCGGCCCCGCGGCUCCGGGCCGGCCUGGAUGCGCUGAGCGGCCGGGAGCGCGCGAGGAGGGCGCACGGAGGGCGCAGGGAAAGGCGCGGCUCGCGGGGCCUGCGCCCGGGACGCUGGGAGCCGCGAGGGGACGUCUGAAGGUGCCCUCCACCCGCGGCCCCGAUGACCGAACUACAGCAAGAUGUGGAAGACGCAAAGCCUGCCAAAGUGCUCGCGAAGAGAGACAGCAAAGUUGGCUCAGCCCACUCAGAGGCUGAGAAUGGUUUGGAGGAGAAAAAGAAGAUCUGCAGGUCGCCAACAGCCCAGUCCCCUACCCCGUCCUGCGAGGCUGAGUCCCCAGACCAGAAGAGAAUCAUUUCCUUGCGGUCAAAAUCCAGUUUUGAUGGUGCCUCUUUAGCAAGUGAUAAGAACGACUGUAAAACAGAAAGCAAAAAUGAAUCUAAGGUGGACAGGAAGAAGUCUUCGUCUUCCAGCCAGUAUAAGGCAAACAUGCACUUCCACAAGCUGUUUCUUGAUGUCCCAACUGAAGAACCAUUGAGGCAGAGUUUUACGUGUGCUCUACAGAAAGAGAUAUUAUACCAGGGGAAGCUCUUCGUAUCAGAAAACUGGAUUUGUUUUCAUUCCAAGGUGUUCGGAAAAGACACUAAGAUCUCUAUUCCGGCUUUCUCCGUCACCCUAAUAAAGAAAACCAAAACUGCCCUUCUGGUGCCAAAUGCCCUGAUUAUAGCGACAGUCACAGACCGGUACAUAUUUGUCUCCUUACUCUCCAGAGAUUCCACUUACAAACUACUAAAAUCUGUGUGUGGACACUUAGAAAAUACAAGUGUUGGGAACAGUCCCAACCCGUCUUCUCUUGAGAACAGUUUCCGGGCAGACCGCCCUUCAUCUCUGCCUCUGGAUUUCAACGAUGAAUUCUCAGAUCUGGAUGGAGUAGUUCGACAAAGAAGGCAAGACAUGGAAGGAUACAGCAGUUCUGGUUCCCAGACUCCUGAAUCCGAGAACUCUCGAGAUUUCCAUGUGACAGAAUCCCAGACAGUUCUGAAUGUCUCCAAGGGAGAAACAAAACCAACUCGGGCAGAUGCCCAUGUGAAUAGAGUGCCUGAAGGAAAAGCCAAGAGUCUCCCUACACAUGGUCAGUCAGAAACCAUUGGAAUCUUACACAAAGUAAAGCCUCAGACAUGUACGACUCUCCACCACAUUCUUAUUUUUUACGCAAUCGUUGUCUGUGCACUAAUCAUCUCGACCUUCUACAUGAGAUACAGAAUUAAUACUCUGGAGGAGAGGCUGGGGUCACUAACCUCCACUGUGGACAUUCAUCAUAAUGAACAGACAGCACCAUCCGGCCUGGGGUCACAAGUCCAAUUAAACGUGGAGGUCCUCUGCCAAGAGCUUACAGCUAACAUAAUGAAAUUAGAAAAGAUACAAAACAACCUACAGAAGCUGCUUGAGAAUGGUGACUGACAGACCACAUUGUUCGGGCCAACAUGAUACCUCGUGCUUCCCUUUGAAGAAAGUGUUCGUUCCCCCAGUCAUUGUGGUGGAGCGCUCCCUGCUGGCCAGAGGAGCGAGCUGAUGGGCAUCCCUAGCCAUGUGUGCACUUGGAGGUCUCCAGCUCAGGAAAGGGGGGAACAGAAAUAAUUGUGGUUCCUGUGCAAUAAACAUAGACCCUGUCUGAGGAAGUUUUCAGUGCUGCUUCCUCAAGAAAACAGACCCAUCUCUGGAGGUCUCAGGAAGGGCCUUGGUGGACACCCUCUCGGAUGAUUGUGGUUCCAAAGUUAACUUGACUGUCAGCAAACACACUCCACUCCAUGCCUUUUCGGUCCUUUCCCUGCCCCUUUUCUCUCCUGUACACCCCUCUGAACCAACCUUCAAAGUAAGGAAUAGAUCACGUGCCAAUAAACUUGAUACGAUCCUUACAAGAAUUAGCCAGAACUCUCCAAAACAGCAAGAAAUAGCUCUAAUGGACAGACUUGCCUCAAGCAACACCAACAUGUUUUUCUUUUCCCCCCUUCUGCUGUUCUGUUCUGCUUUAAAUCACCUGUAUAUCUUCUCAAUCGAGUACUGGCAAGAAUAUCACAGAGCAGAUUAAACUAUCCCACGUGUGUUGUGUUUUGUUCAACUAACACUUAACUGGACUGGUCAGCACCCACCCCAGAUCCAGAAACUGUGACACAUGCGACUAAAGUACUAAAUUAAGCGUACUCUGCAACCAAAACUAAUCUUUAAACCAAAAAGUACCAUAGUGCUUUGAUACUGGAUGAAAAACACUGAACUUUUAAAUGGACAGGUGAACUAUGUUACUUUUGAAACAGGAUGUCCAUAGUGAACGCUGAAGCCCAUUUGAGCAUGACAAGUGCAUGCUUCUCCCUCUUGCUGACGAAAAUAAAGAAGUAACUGGUGGUUUACUAACUUCUGUUUCCCAUAUGAGUUGGCUGGUUUUUAUUAAUAAUUAUUUAGGUACCAUAAGAUCUGUAAUAUAAAUGAUACUCUGUUUCUAUCGGCAAUGCGUUUUAUAAUCAUUUCUAUGAAAUGUAUUUUGUUUGAUCAGAUAAGCUAAUAAAUGAAUUAGUUACAACAUUUGGAUUUGUUAGCCUCCUGUACAACUGUGCCUGGUGCACCCCGGCUUUUAAUAAAAACUCGUUGGUUAAACUGC